AUGCCUAAAACAAAUAAGGAUAUAGAGCAGCAGAUCCAGCUGGCCAUGGACUCUCUCUCAGACCAAUCCAAGCCUAAUAUUCGGAAGACUGCACGAGAAUUCGCGGUUCCCGAAGGCCGCCUUCGUCGGCGCUGGAGAGGUGGAAAAUCGCUUUUUGAACGACAACCCAAUGGUCGGAAGCUCAAUUCUGCACAGGAGAAGGCUUUAUGUGCAAUCAUUGCUUCCUUUCAUGCGGUCGGAUCAUCAAUAACUCGUCGACAAAUAACUGACGCUGCCGAUUCAAUUCUGAAGGAUGGCCACAACGACCCUACCACAGAACCCCCAAGAAUCGGCGACCACUGGCUAAAACGUUUCCUGAAACGUAAUCCUAAUCUGUUUCCUACUGAAUUAGAGUCAUCCAAUCCACAUGGUGAUAAUCUAUCCCGACCGGAUACCCCGUCAGUCAGCUCUCAAGAAACCGAGUUUAGCACUCCAAAAACCGCCGAGGAAAUUCGAAGAAUAAGCGAUCGUCUCAAUCGAACCGACCCAAAUACUCAGCGCUUCAAAGACGGGCUAGCAAAGCUUGCAAAGGGUGCCGAGGCCCAGGCUACUUUGGCUCUUCAGCUACAGCGGGAACUCGAUCGUACACAUGCUAUUAUGGGGGCACGCAACGCCCGGUAUGAUGCUCCUCGGCGGCAUAUCCCAAUUGCUGGUAUCAUCAAUUCGUCCUAG